AUGAAUCUACUCAAGACUGGCACCGGGAGAAUCAACGCUGUGUCUUCCUGGCUUGCGAAAUUCAGUUUUCUUUGGCUUCUUAGUCAGAACUGUUGCAGAGCCAGCGCUGUUUGGACUGCUUACAUGAACAUAUCCUUCCAUGUGGGGAAUCGCGUGUUGUCAGAGUUGGGGGAGACUGGAGUAUUUGGAAGAAGCUCCACUUUGAAGAGAGUAGCAGGUGUUAUCGUGCCACCAGAGGGAAAAUCCCAAAAUGCAUGUAAUCCCAGUACCAGUUUCAGCCGAUCAAAAGGCACAGAGACUUGGCUUGCCCUUAUUGAACGGGGAGGUUGUACGUUCACACAGAAAAUUAAGGUGGCAGCUGAGAAAGGAGCCAGUGGUGUGAUCAUCUAUAACUUUCCAGGAACUGGCAAUCAGGUUUUUCCCAUGUCUCAUCAGGCCUUUGAAGACAUCGUGGUGGUGAUGAUUGGCAACUUGAAAGGCACAGAAAUUCUCCAUUUAAUCCAGAAGGGAAUUCACGUCACAGCUGUGGUUGAAGUCGGGCGGAAACACAUCAUCUGGAUGAACCACUAUUUUGUGUCUUUUGUUAUUGUUACCACUGCAACCUUAGCCUACUUCAUCUUUUAUCACAUUCGAAGACUUUGGGUAGCAAGGAUUCAGAACAGGAGAUGGCAGCAAUUAACAACAGAUCUCAAUAAGGCAUUUAGCCAGCUGCAACUCCGGGUGUUAAAAGAGGGGGACGAGGAAAUCACUCCAAAUGGAGACAGCUGUGUAGUUUGCUUUGAACUCUAUAAGCCUAAUGAUACAGUUCGUGUUCUGACUUGUAAACAUUUUUUCCACAAGAAUUGCAUUGACCCUUGGAUUCUAGCCCAUGGGACAUGCCCCAUGUGCAAAUGUGACAUCCUUAAAGCUCUGGGGAUUCAAGUAGAUGUUGAAGAUGGAGCAGAAUCAUUGCAAGUUCUGAUGUCGAACGAAUUGCCUGGUACCCUAUCACCUAUUGAUCAGGGGGCGAAUAGCGAACUUCCUCCUGCAAGAUUAUCCGAUAAAGUGACCCACGUGGAUGAGCAGCCUAGGUCUGAGAAUGACAGCCAGCCUAAUUCAGUAGUAGAAGAGGUUCAUCCUUCACCUUGACAGCAUGACCUUUGAGGAAGUGGAUUAAACCUGUUGGUCAAAUCAGGUCCAAAUACUGACAAGCAGUUGGUCUGUUUGAAGUGUGAUAUUUGUGUCUUUUUUUGUGAGUUCAGUAAUUUUCUAGAUUCUUUAUCAAGCCUCAAAAACAGAAAGAAAAAGACCUAAUAGCAGGAUUUAAAAAAAAUUUGAUCUUCGCUAAAUUAGUUUUUUGUCAA